CUGCACCAUGGGUGUUUAUGAACGGAUGUUUUGAAAGUCUUGGAACAUUUGGAGCGGUAUUUGUCUGCAGUUACUUCCUACGUACAUCUGCCACGAAUGCGACUGUCUGGUGAAAUCGGCUUCGCAUAUUACGGUUGACUUGUUUCGGAUUGUGUCCUUAGAUACUUCGAAUCAUGGACGUGUGCGGUGGGGAAUCGUUAUUUCUGCGGCUAGCAGUAGCCAUGUUGUUAUCAGUAGCACUGGUGAAAGAAACGGAUGCAAAUUGGGGUGAAUGCCCGGGUGGAUGCUGUGACUGUAUUCCGAUUCCACCGUGUCCUGAUCUAUCAUGUAUCGAACCUUUGCCAUUGCCGCCUCCUGACACAGUACCACCAAAGUUACACGGGUGCCCACAACACAUACCCCCGCGUAGUAUAUCGUCUGGUAGAGAUACUGUAUCUGUUUGCUGGAAAGAACCUUGGGCCAGUGACAACAGAGGUCCCAGUUACUUUAAGCCAUUGCGCCAAGGCCCACAGCCGUGCUCGGAAUUCCGUGAAGGAACGCAUAUCAUUUCAUACACUGCCACAGAUUUAGCUGGAAACAAAGCCGAAUGUCAAUUCAGAAUCGUAAUACACGCCAUUGUGUGCAACCAACUAAACGCACCGCCAAACACUCGUAUGCAGUGUAGCCUUGGUAACCGACAGGGAUCUGUGUGUACUUACUAUUGCAACGCUAACUAUUAUUUAGUCAGUGGUUCCAAACAACGAGACUGCGGCGCUGGUGGUCGAUGGUCCGGUACAGAGGCUAACUGUCAAAUUCGUAGAUGUGAUAUACUUAUGCCACCGGUAAAUGGCGAUCUGCGUUGUCGUGGAGGAGAUAUCCCGGGUUCUACCUGUACCUAUACAUGCAACGUAGGAUAUUAUUUAGAGUCUGGCACGGAGACCAGAAGGUGUAGAGCUGAUGGGCACUGGACUGGCUCGGAAGCUCGUUGUAGAGCCAUUAGAUGCAGUCAACUUAGUGCGCCGCCACAUGGCUACCUCAGCUGUUCUGGACUAAAUCCUGGAUCAACAUGUCACUAUCGCUGUGAUGUUGGUUAUUAUAUUACGGUAGGCUCCACAACACGUACAUGCAAUACUAAUGGAGACUGGACAGGUGCGAAUGGUAUAUGCGAAAGAAAAGUUGAACCCUGCCCCCACUUACCUUCUCCGUCUAACGGACAUAUUUCCUGUUAUGGUGAUAAUAAUCCCGGAUCCUGGUGUCAGUACCACUGCAAUGCCGGAUACACACUACAUGGUCCUGCAAGUCGCGUGUGUUCAAAUGAUGGCAGAUGGACAGGAUCGGAUUCACAGUGCCAACUUCGUUCGUGUGCCACUCUCUCACCUCCGGUAAACGGUCUGAUAACUUGUACUGCCGGGAAUGCGGUUGGUUCUAGAUGCCAAUACAGCUGCAACGACGGUCUACGCCUUGUGCGGGGGUCGGCGCAAAGAACGUGUCAAGAAUCGGGUAGCUGGUCAGGGACUGAAGCAGUUUGCGAAGAGAUAUCGUGCCCAGAGUUGUCAUCGCCGAGGAAUGGCUACGUACGUUGCAAUGGUUAUACAUACGGGUCUCGCUGUGAUUAUGAAUGCCAAUCAGGUUACAGUGUGGGUAGCGGUAGCUCCAGUAGAACGUGCCAAAAUAACGGCCGAUGGUCCGGUAGAGAGGUCCUCUGUACACGCGUCGAAUGUCACGACCUACCAAAUCCUAGGAAUGGAUAUGUGCAGUGCCAGGGAGACUCUGGACGAAGAAGAUGUACUUAUUAUUGCAAUACUGGAUAUGUGAUAGAAAGCGGCUCGCAGUACAGGGACUGUAACAAUGGGCAGUGGUCGGGACGUGAGGUAUUCUGUAGAAGUGUGAGUUGUCGUCCACUAAAUAAUCCCAGACAUGGUAACGUCAAUUGCCAAGGAAACAAUGAACCAGGUACAAGGUGUACGUACCGCUGUAAUGACUCGGCACAACAGGCAUGUCGUUUAGCUGGGUCGUCUGUUCGUGAAUGUGGAAGGGACGGUGAAUGGUCUGGCACAGAACCUGUGUGCCAUUGCGAAGCCAAUAGAGAAUGUCCGCGCCUACAUGCGCCACCAAAUGCAGUGAUCAUGUGCUUUCCUGACGACCCCAUCGAGGAAGGAACUUAUUGCGACUAUGUGUGCAAUGCUGGGUAUCAGCACGUCAGUGGCCCUAGGCGAACUGUGUGUUUAGGAAGGGCUGGCUGGACAACGGAAGAACAGGCCGUGUGUCGGGCGAACCCCUGUCCUCGACUACCUCGAAUACCCAAUGGUGAUAUAGAUUGUAGCAGAGAAGACAAAUACCUUGUGAGUACAAGAUGCGAUUAUCGAUGCCACUCUGGAUACACAUUAACGCCAGAUGCAGUUACAACUGUACGAGUGUGUCGAGCAGAUGGUACAUGGUCUGGAGUACAAGGCCGUUGUGGUAAGUGUAUAUAA